GCCUGGCCUCUCUCUCCCGCAGUCCCGGCUGCAGAAGGGUCCGCCAUGACCUCGGCCUCGACCAAGGUGGGCGAGAUCUUCUCCGCGGCCGGCGCCGCCUUCACCAAGCUGGGCGAGCUGACCAUGCAGCUGCACCCGGUGGCCGACUCCUCGCCGGCAGGGGCCAAGUGGACCGACGCCGAGAUCUCCCUGCUGCGGGCCUCGGUGCAGCGCUUCGGAGACGACCUCAACCGCAUCAGCGCCCUCAUCAAGGAGCGCACCGUGGCGCAGCUGAAGGGGGCCACCAAGCGCAAGGCCUACGAGGACAGCGGCCUGCCCCCCCCGCCCGGCGAGUCGCCCAAGAAGGGGCCCCGCAAGAGCCAGCCCGCCGCCCCCCCGGAGCCCGCCCCGCCGCCCGCGCCCCCCGGGGCCAGCCUGAAGAAGCCCAAGCCCGCCGGUGAGCCCCCGGGGAGGGAGGGAGGGAGGGGGGGGCUGGGCUGGGUGGGGGCUCAAGGCCGGCCUCUCUUCUAUCCCCCCCCCUCGCCCGCAGACGUGACCCUCAGCGCUCUCAACGACGCCGACGCCCACAGCGACCUGGUGGACAUGGAGGGCCUCGGGGGCUCGGCCCCCGCCAAGAAGCUCAACUUCGACCAGGACAGCCUGACCCUGGACUCUGGCUUCCUCAUGGCCCCCCCGGGCUCGGACUUGCCCCUGCUCUCCCGCUGAGAAGGCUUCUUGGGGGGCGGGUUGGCCUCCUGCAGCUGCUCCUGAUCUGGGGGGGGGGGCACCCGCAGCAGCUCUCCUUCCUGGCCGGCCUCUUGCCCCACAGUCUUCCUCCCCGCAGUUUGGAGCUGGGUAUCUCACCCCCCGCCCCCCACGGCAGACGGAAGAGCCCCUGGAUGUGUGCGGCUGGCGCCAGGACUCCAGGCCAAGCCCCCCCUCUGGAGCUCAGAGCAGCAAGAGAGCUUGGGGGUUUUGUUCCUCUUGAAGAGCUGCAAUAAAAGUUGGGCUGAGCCUGGUGGCCCCUCCCUC